AUGUCCUCGGCUGCUUCCUUCGCUCCUUUAAUUGUCCCUCACUCAGAAUGCAAGAAUACAGUAAGUAUACCAUUCUCUGAGACGAUGAUCAAACAUUUUAGCUACCAAAAAAGGUGCCGACAAAGAAGAGUGGACUUCAAUUUGUAAAGAUGGCUCUCCCACACGUUGGUUUGUACUCUCUGAUAUUCGGAUACCUAAUGCUGGGAGCUUGGGCAUUUAAAAUGUUCGAGUUCGAUGCGGAAAGAGAGCAUAUGCGGGAAAAAUUGAAGAAAAUAGAAACAGUCUACAGUACCAUCGAUAAAACAAUGAACAAAAUGUGCAUUGAGAUCGAUUCGGCACGGCUUUAUAACUCUUUGUCAAGGUAAACCGAUCUCCCAAUGUAAUAUAACAGUAAAGAUUGUCAUCGUAUAUGGAAGGGAAGCCUUUCAAACUAAACCCGCACAAAAUAGCCGAUGUUGACGAUGUCCUCCCUUCUAAAUGGGAUACCCUGUCUUCCAUUUUGUAUGCCCUCUCAAUACUGGUGAGAUGAAAUUUAUUUCCGCGAUGAUUAACAUUUUAAUUACAAUCGGACUCGAUUAUCGGAGUAAUUAUUUCGAAAAUUCGAUCUCUCAUUUUAAGACGACCACCGGCUACGGAUACGUGAAUCCAACUACAGUUGUGGGGAAGAUUUUCUCAAUGGGAUACGGAUUUAUUGGGAUCCCAUUGAUGUUCUUGGCGGCCGUAGAUAUCGGCCGGUUUUUGUCUCACGUGGUCCUCAAAGUAUACAACCAAUUUCAGGUAGGAGGCGUUGUCAGGUCUUUAUAGAAAUUUCCAGACCAAUCUUAGAUUUACCUGGUGCUGUCCGAAGAAGAAUGACGUCAUUUCCCAAGUCGAGACUAAGGCCCGGAAGGUUUUAACUCCAAUCAAACGAAAAUCCUUCAGCAGGAAAUCAUUCAGGAAAAAGAAUUCAAAAAAGGACGAGAGGAGUAACAAGAAACGACUUCCGUUGUCAGUUAACGCCUCCAUCUUACUUCUUUUCUGCAUGUUCGGAGGCCUCGUUUAUAUUGCCGCUGGCGGAAAUCAGAAAACUUUCUUUGGAGCUUUUUUUGUCACCUUUAAUUUGGUGGCCAAUCUGACAAUGGCGGAGAUGCCGACGGAUAUCUCCAAGGCAUUGACCGUCCUUUACAUUACAAUCUUCGUUACAUUCGGUAUGAGAAGGGGUUCUCUGACCCUAUUUUAGGAUUGGCCGUUCUAUCAAUGUGCGCCGAAUUGGCGGCCGGUGAACUAAAAUGGAUAUUCUUGAAGAUACAUUACUUCGGGCGGAAAAUAAACUGGAAAAGAAAACAGAAGGACCCGAAGGAAGAGCAGAUCGAUAUCGAAGUGACGGAAUUGCUGAACAUAAUUAAUCAGAUUAAGUCCAAGUACCCCGAAAAGCGGGAAAUAACAUCUGUCGACCUUCUCAAAUACGUCCAGGAAUUAAACGGAGGGACUCAAAGUAUUACAUUUAACAUGUUCAUGAAGCAGCAUCGCCGGGAUACGAUCGCUUUCAUGCCUCAGAGUAUAGAAGCUCUAAAAUUUGCAGACGAAAUGGACUUCGAUGACCAAUCGGGGAAGGAAGAGCUCGAGACUGAGGAGACUGACAACCUAACUCUCCGCUUCUCAACAUAA